AUGUAUAAACAUAUAUUCAGAGUUAAUAAUCCUACUAGACUGCUUAGGCAGCUGCAGAAUCUCAAAUCAUAUGCAACUAGGUGUCUAGCCACUACAUCCACGCCACCACCACCAUCACCAACCAAAACAGAUGCUACUGCUUCCACUGCCGCUCCUUCUGUUAACAGGCAUGUGUCGACGCCUUUGGAUAUCCCUGCUGACGUACAACCACCAGCAGGUUCAGCACUCAGUUUGAAAUCCGCCACUCGUGAUCCAUCCAAAUUUGGUACUCGUCCCAUCUACUUAGAUGUGCAGGCAACAACACCAACUGAUCCACGUGUCUUGGACAAGAUGUUGGAAUUUUACACAGGUUUAUAUGGUAACCCCCAUUCCUCCACUCAUGCUUAUGGUUGGGAAACCGACAAGGAGGUGGAAAAGGCAAGAGCACAUGUGGCUAGUGUAAUAAAUGCCGAUCCGAAAGAAAUCAUUUUCACUAGUGGUGCUACUGAAACCAACAACAUGGCCAUUAAAGGUGUACCACGUUUCUACAGAAAAACCAAAAAACACAUUAUCACCACUCAAACUGAGCACAAGUGUGUUUUGGAUUCAGCUAGACAUAUGCAAGAUGAAGGAUUUGAAGUUACUUACUUGCCAGUGGACUCUCAGGGGCUUAUCAACUUGGAUGAUUUGAAAAAGGCCAUUAGAAAAGACACUUGUCUCGUUUCAAUUAUGGCCGUCAAUAAUGAAAUCGGUGUUAUACAGCCAUUGAAGGAAAUUGGAGAGAUUUGUCGUGCAAACAAAGUAUUUUUCCACACCGAUGCAGCCCAAGCCUAUGGUAAAAUUCCUAUUGAUGUUAAUGAAAUGAAGAUUGAUAUCUUGUCUAUUUCUUCCCACAAGAUUUAUGGACCAAAAGGUAUUGGUGCUUGUUACAUAAGAAGAAGACCUAGAGUUAGAUUGGAUCCAAUCAUCACUGGUGGUGGACAAGAAAGAGGUUUAAGAUCAGGUACUUUGGCUCCACCAUUGGUUGCUGGUUUUGGUGAAGCAGCUAGAUUGAUCAAAGAAGAAGGUGCUUACGACAAGAAACAUAUUGAAAAGUUAUCUACCAAGUUGAGAGAGGGUUUGUUAUCGAUUCCAUCAACCAUCCUCAAUGGUUCCUCUGACCCCAAGUCACAAUACUCUGGUUGUGUCAAUGUCUCGUUUGCUUACAUUGAAGGUGAGUCAUUGUUAAUGGCAUUGAAAGAUAUCGCAUUGAGUUCAGGUUCUGCCUGUACAUCAGCUUCAUUGGAACCAUCAUAUGUUCUUCACGCUUUGGGUGCUGAUGACGCUUUAGCACAUUCAUCAAUCAGAUUUGGUAUUGGUAGAUUUACCACUGAAAGUGAAGUUGAUUACGUGAUACAGGCAAUUCAUGAACGUGUUGAAUUCUUGAGGAAAAUGUCGCCCUUGUGGGAAAUGGUGCAAGAGGGUAUUGACUUGAACUCAAUCGAAUGGAGUGGACAUUGA